AUGCCAAGGACUCCAGGCAGAGCUUCAAGACAAUAUAUUGAACAUAUAAAAAAAUUUGCGGCGGUUAGCAUGAAAACUCCUCUUGCAAGGGCAAUUAAGACAGAUCAAGCAGAAGUUGACAGGAUUUUUGGUUUUGCAGAAAAAGAAAUUGAAGAUAUUGUAGACAGGACUGAUUUUGAAAAUAGCACUUCCAGCUAUUAUUCAAUAAAUCUCGAAAAACUUUAA